ACUCCGUCUCCACCCAACGGCGGAGGCGACGACCCGAUAUUCCGAUCCGCCGGCGCCGGCGCCGCCAGUCGCCGACUUUAUCGGCCGUGCGGCUCACUCCACUCCGGGCGCCGCCGCCGCUGAUCGCCGGCUUCAUCAAGGAUUCCUCCUCUCCUAUUGGGAAGCUUCGGGCUCCUCUUUUUUUCCUCAAGGAGGAGAUCCCCUGCGGCGGCGCCGUCGAGCCGGUGGGGGAAGGGAGAGCUUGAGGCGGAGGCGGAGGCAGAGCGUGAGCUCCGAACCACCACCAUGGGGACCUCUGCGCAGGAGCCAAAUCUCUGGAAGCAAAUCGACGACGCCGAGCACUAUCUGGUCAGCGGAUUGUUCGAGCAGGCCGUAUCCACUGCCUUAUCUGUAUCCAGUCAAGUACAUUCGGCUGCCAUGGAGAAUUCAUGCGACCAUGAUGAGCUUCUGGAAAUGCUUGAAUUAGCUGGGAUGGUACUUGUUCAGGCGCUUAAAGAACUUAAGAGGACAUCUGAGAUGUUUAUCCAGCUCAAGACAAUCUACGGUUCAGUGGCAUCAAUACCAUUGAAAAUUUUCAUUACAGGGGCUACGAUGCACAUGGCAGGAGGAUCUGGAUCUGAUCUUAGACCAAUCUUCGAUGAAUACCUUGCUAAAUGGAGAUAUACUGAUGAUCAAGUUUAUGUUUUAGAUGAAGGAAAGAACAGCUCCUCAAAUGGGUUGGUUGUUACAUCGGUUAUGUCACCUGAACAAUAUUUUGAGGUGGCAGAGUUGUACACGGUAACAUUCCUUAGUGUUGUCUCCCAUGAGACUGCAACUGCUAUCUCAUGGACUGAAAAGGCUGAGUUGACUGAACAAGAUCGGCAGGACCUAUUGAGAAAACUUCAUGCGUUACAAUCUGCAGCUAAUAAGAAGUCCACCAAUCAGGGUGCAAAACUAUCAGAAUCAGCAGAAAGAAACCUUUCCACUUCUCAGAAUGGCUCAAUAUCACCAGCACAUGAGGAUGCUACUAAAAGCUCAGCACCUACGCACAAUGGGAAUAUACAGGGACUUAGAAAGGCUUUGCCGAAAUCCAUUCAACCUUCUUUUCAACGCGUCACAAAUCAAUUUGAUCCAUUGUUCUGGUGGUUUCAUUCAUUUCGCAUAAAAUUUGGAAAGGUGCAUGUGGUUCUACCAAGUGGUAAAGUGAUGUUUCUAUUUUCACUGCUGUUCUCGACAUUAUACAUCCUUAGGAGGAAAGGUGCUGCGUUGAAGAGGACUGCAUUCCAACAAAUUUCAUCUCUGCGACGGGGCUUCCUUGAUGCCCUGCAACUCGCCUUCUCCACCCAGAUAAAUCCACUCGCAGCUGUUCAACAGGUGCCACAAGCCCCGCGUGCUAGCUGGUGAUGUAGUGUAAUUAUUUUACAUAUUUAUGCCGACAUCAGACUUGAGAUAUGAGUGUAUGACAAAUGUGAUACCUGAUUUUGUGCCAUUGAAAAUGUAAGGCAAUGGUAAGAGAGCUGCUUAAUACUUCCUUGUAAGGAUCCAGAUUGAGACUAAUAUAUAUGUUUUUUUAUGACUUCUGGUA